GAGCGCCGCCGCGACGCACGUCACCCUCGCAACCCUUCAACACUCGUAUUGAUAUCUACAACACGAACGAAUAUUUACAAACUGCAUAGUGACUGUUCAAAGUGCAAACGUUUAUAAAGUUAAAGUGUCAUGCGGACAUAUUGAAAUUAAAAAACUCUUGAAUAUAAACACAUAACGGGGAGAAUUAGCGCAGGCGCGCCUUCACGCGGACAUGUCUACACCGGCCAUCUUGACAGAGGACGCACUUUCGCCUCGCCCUAGCUCAAGAUUUUGAUCUAAAGCCCCUGAAAUUACACAGGGUACAAAGGAUGCGUAACGUUCGAAGUUUUACAGCGGGCGCCCUGUGAGGCUGCAGCGCGCCGGUAUCGAUCCGGUGGCGUUAUGGCGUUCGCGAAGUGAAUGCGGAUAUCGGGACCUCGCAGUAUCCCUCGUGAGCGAGAGGAGCGUCGGGCCAGUGACAGUGCUAGAGUGGUCGAACGGUAUGUGAGAAAGAGUGUCAGCGCGGCUGGGAGCGCGGCCGGGCGGCGGCGGGCCAGGCUGACCGCACGCCAUGGGCGAGGAGUACGCGCGCUCUCCGUGCGAACGCUUCCCGACGGCGGGCGCGUUCAGCGUGGCGCCGCCGGAGCGUCUGAGCCCGCCGCCGCCCGCGCCGCUGCCGGACCGAUUCUCGGCUUCACCCCGGCGAGUGCGCCGGUGUGCGGAAGCAGAGCGCGCGCGAAGACCACGUUACGUCCCACCAGCGGCGCACGUGCCCGUCGAGAGAUACGUACCAAGGCCGCCGGCUCCGCUGCGCCCACCGCCGCCGGUCUACUGCGGGCUGGCGUGUCGGCCUCCGCCACCAACGACCAGAAAGUGUUGUGGGCCCGUGUGUCGCGAAGAUAUCGCCGGUUCACCACCACCAUCACGAUACGUGGAAUACGUUGGAGCGGCUGCAGCGCGAAGACUAGCGUGCACACCUCCGCCUCCACCACCCCCGGCUCUUCAGUUACCGUGCGAGCCUCAAGAGCCACCGUGCUGCGUGCAGGCUCGCAGGCGACCCCAACCACCACAUGAUUGGCGAUCGAGUACAGGGUUGCUGGCUCCGCAGUUGACGUGUCAAUCGUCAGCGGCGGCGACUGCAGCGGCUGCAGCACCCCACCCAGCGCCAGCCUCGCCACCGCGCGUGGUCUCCGCGCCCCCCGUACCUAUCGUUCAACCUCCACCCGAACCAUUACUACCGCCCACUCAAGACGAUGGCGUCAGAUUGCGAAGAGUUCACACUGUCGCUGUACGGGAUUACCUUAAGAGAGAAACACAAACGUUUUUUGGCGUACAAAGAGAUAAUGAGAGGGAGCAAAGAAGGCUGUGGUUUGAAAGGCGGAGGAGGCACGCGGCGCGGGCGCUGGGUGACCUCCGGCUUGACCUACCACCGGACCAUCAUCCUGAUGACGAUGAUAUUAGUAUGUAUGGAGCAUCAGGCGCGGCACCAAGGGAGGCACGGGGGCGCGUGCAGGAGCGGCCCGACGUCCUACCCGCGCCGGCGCCGCUCGAGGAGCCUGCGGCACCACCCCUGCCCUGCCCCGGCAAGGACAGUGUCGCGAGACUCACGCUCACAGGACUGUCCCUUGUUGUUAGUGCGGUGACACGUCGAUCCCGGCAGUCGACCUCAGCUCAAUGGUCGCGUUCGUUUCGUAACAGCGGGGCCGCCCAGCAAGAAGAAACCGAAGUUGAAGAUACGUUCUUCACGCCGCAGUCUUCGGUGACACCUCUCACUCAGCACAUUGACGACGUUGAGUCAAUUGAAGGAAACAAAAGGGCGCGUUCUCCGGUAACUUCUGGCGGAGUUGAGUACCGAAGGCCGGAGAGAAGUGUGUCGUGGGGCGCUGGCGGAGCACGAAUACACACGCCGAUGUUAGAGCCCUUGGCCGACAACUCGAAUAGAAGACAAUACGGUAUGGGCGUCGUUGGAAGAUUUUUCCGACGAUCCCUUCGCAAAUCAAUGACGCAUCAUGAAGAAGUGGCUCGACAAUUAGACGAAUUAACCGACUACCGGCCUUACUUCACGUGGUGGGUGAGCACAGUACAGACCCUGGUCUUGUUGCUGUCAUUGCUGUGUUAUGGUUUCGGGCCAGUCGGCUUCGGAAGGCACACGCACUCUGGACAGGUGUUGGUCAAGAGUUUGAGUUUACAGCAGGUUGAAUGGGAAGAGCCAGCUUCAUUUUGGUUGGGGCCAAGGGCAGCGGACUUGAUACACUUGGGGGCGAAGUUCGCUCCGUGCAUGAGGCGAGAUGCAAGGAUAGCAAGGGCCAUAGCAGCAUCGGCGAGAAGAGAACGGGACACUGCGUGUUGCAUACGUAACGAUGAUUCAGGCUGUGUCCAAUCAUCAAAGGCUGACUGUUCGAUAAGAGGAUUAAUACCAAAGAAUACAAUAUCUACAUGGAAAAAAUGGUCUUCGGGAGAAUCGGGACCCGGGGGACGGAUAUCAGGGUCCGUUUGUGGUUUAGAUCCAAAAUUUUGCGAGGCCCCUCGGUCGAUAGCACCUCACGAAUGGCCAGAUGACAUCACGAAAUGGCCGAUUUGUCGCAAGUCGGUGCUGGAUGGAUCGGCGGCAGCUGGACGGGCCGGACACGCGGCGGAGCACAUGGCUUGCGAGGUCAUAGGUCAUCCGUGUUGUAUAGGAGUGCACGGACAAUGCGUGAUCACGACCAGGGAGCAUUGCGACUUUGUCAAGGGAUAUUUUCACGAAGAGGCCUCACUUUGCUCGCAGGUAUCGUGCCUCGACGAUGUUUGUGGAAUGUUACCGUUCAUGAGAAGGAGACGUCCAGAUCAACUGUAUAGAGCGUGGACGUCUUUAUUCGUACACGCUGGUCUCUUACAUUUGGCUGCGACGCUGGCGUUGCAGUGGCUCUUCAUGAGGGACAUGGAGAAAAUGGCUGGCCCUGUUCGGAUGGCUGUGAUAUAUUUGGGCAGUGGCGUUGCUGGGAACAUGGCCUCAGCGAUAUUUGAACCGUAUAGAGCAGAGGUGGGGCCUGCUGGGUCCCAUUUCGGGCUGUUGGCAUGUUUAAUAGUAGAAGUUAUCGGAGCUUGGCCAAUACUCAAACAUCCCAGGCGAGCUCUGCUCAAAUUAAUGGGACUCGCGUUUGCGUUGUUUCUAUUAGGACUUCUGCCAUGGAUAGACAAUUUCGCUCACGUUUUCGGUUUCGUGUUCGGAUUCCUGCUAGCGUACGCCUUAUUACCGUUCAUAAUAUUCGGUCCGUACGAGCGGAGAAGGAAAAUAGUGUUGGUGUGGGUGUGUCUUAUAUCGGCGGCGGCUAUGCUGUGCGCUUUGGUGGCUUUGUUCUACGCAGCGCCGGCGUACGAAUGCGCGGCGUGCGCUUACUUCACGUGUCUCCCGUUCGCGCCGGACAUGUGCGCGUCGCAGGAUGUGCGCGUGCGUCAGAUGGACGGGGUAUGACGGCGGUCGGCCCGGGCGCCCCUGCCGCCGCCGCCCCCCCGCCCCGCCGCCGCGCCCUGCCCCGCCCCGCACUGCGCUGCGUCCACGCCUCGCGCACACAUACACACAUCCCACGAAAUAUGUAAACUGAAAUAUCAAUUUUCGCACUGACAUUACUCGUGGGCAAACAGACGUCGUUCUCCGCGGUCAUCUCUGAAAGACUUCACUGAUCCAGAGCACCUUAACACGGGUGUAUAUUGUACGUCCGCGCUUGUCCAUGUUU